GAACUGCUCAGUGACAUCCUGUUCACGUGUGCUUACUUAAAGAAAUAUCGUUCUACACUGCCUGCCACCAGCCUGGUGAUGCCAAAUAUCAUUAAAGUAACUAUCCAACUGACAACACAAGGAAGGGUGCGGCUUUGUAGACCGGCUAUAGCAUACUGUAGUACUGAGCAGAACUGCUAAUGCGUGUUUAGCCAAUCCUGGGCAGAAACUUUAACACCACUUGUGGCUUCCUUAACUUGCAACGAAAGUGUAUUGGUUUGGCCGUGCCACGUAUUAAUAGUUUUCUAAAAGUCAAACCUGCCCACAGCAUGAAACUGCUGGUAUCCCCGACCAGAGUACACAGCACUACUACAAGUUGUGUUAGCGAGUACUUUCAUUCCUUAUACAAACAGAAACAGAUCAUGCAGGGGCUGCUGUGGUAUUUAUAUUCUGAGCUUCUGUGACGUAAAGGUAGCUCGUAAUGGUAUAUUUCGUGAUCCAGAAGGGCGUGUAUCUGUACAGCUCUUGUUGCCCUUCUAGGUUUAAUGCAAAGAAGUUCCUCAUAACAAGUCCUAGCCCGGUCUGUAUAACAUUGCGUUGCAUUCUUUCCUUUAAAACUAAGUUUAAUGAAAGUAGUUGUUAAUCAAAGGCAGCGCUUUAUUUUGUAGCUGACAUACAAGCGCGCAGUGGGAAAAGGUGACACUUUUUGGGGAACCCCAGUCUUUUUUAUUCAAUUUAGCGUAAAUCAGUGGUGCGUGUUCCUUAACUGGCAGUGUCAAGCUAUACGUUUUCUGUAAAAAGAAACAAAAAAAAACUACUUUAAAACUCAAGUGUUAAGUUUUUUUUUUUUUUUUUUUUUCACACGCUUCAAAGAGAGUAAAGGAUUUAAUUUACAAUAAAAAUAACCAACUGGGAAAAGGUUACAAAUACACAAAGAAUCAAGGUAAAAAUAACUCUGUGUUUGCUGCAGUGAACAUUGAAAAGAUCACAAAGUGUCUGCAACAUGGAUUCCAUUACAGUGCUGCUGCUGUUGCAGCUUGCAUACGCAACUGAUAAGGCUUAUGCAGGCAUAGAACUGCAACCCCAAAGCCUGCAGUGCACCAAUGACUAUUUAAGAGAAAUGGUCUGCACCUGGGAUGCGGGGGUGAAAGUGAACUGCAAAACUAACUAUACUCUACACUACCAGAAGACAGCUGGAUCAAAAAAAGGCACAUGUUUCCCACACAACUUCAGAGUCGACCCAGAGGGGGGGGGCUUAUCAGCGCAUUGCAUCUGCUGCUUUGCGGUUCCAGGUUUUGAUUCCACUGAUGAAUACAAAGUGGAAAUUUGUUCAGAUGGCAGAGCAGUGUUGAACAGUACCAUCCACGUUGCUGAAACAAUAAAAACGGCAGCUCCACAUAUCCUUUCAGUUGUGGAAGACGAAGAUAAAAAAGUAACCCUCUUGUGGAACAGCAGGUACUCAAAAAACGAAUCCCUGCAAGAGCUUCUGAUGUUUCAAGUCAUGUACAGAAAGAGAGACAGUCUGACAGAGGAAUUUGAAACAAUAGAGGAACGAGGUGCUGAGAAAUAUAAAAUACCCGGGCUGUCACUAGAAACUAGAAACCAGUAUAUCUUCAGAGUACGUGCAAAGCUGGAGGUGUUUAAUGCCACUUGGAGUGACUGGAGCCCUGAUGUCAUAAAGCCCAAAGGGAAUCUAAUCUGUUACAAUGACUACAUUGAUGAAAUGGUCUGUGUCUGGAACACUAGCAUGCAAAUAAACUGCAGUGGGGAGUAUACUCUAUCCUUUACAAGACUGAGACUCCCAUUCAAAAAUGAUUCAUGUGUCCUAAGGAACAUUGGUGCAGAACCAAACUCUUUAUCCACACGCUGCGAAUGCAAAAUGCCCAAACUUGCAGAUGGAUUUGUAAUCAAUGACAUGUACAUUGUAGAAGUCUGGCAUCAAGAGAAUGCUAUACUCCUAACACACAUCUUGCCAAGUGAAACCAUCAAACCAAGAGCUCCUCACAAUCUAUCUGUUUCACUGAGUGAAAAAAGUAACUUCAACCUUACUUGGAAAAUAAAUUCAAAUUUCAAUGAAAAAAUGGAUUUUCAAGUCAGCCUCAGAAAGAAGGAGGAAUCAGACGAGAAAGCGGAACUAAGGAAUGUCUCGGAUAUGUCCCUGGAGAUAAUAAGAAGUUAUUUAGACCCUGGACAUACUUACGUGGUAAAAGUCCGGUCAUUUUCCAAAGAAUAUAACUCCCAGUACAGUGACUGGAGCCCGGAGGUCGAAUGGCAAAACUAUCACAUGGCAACAUUUGACUCAGUGAAGAUAGCUAUCCCUAUAGUUUGUGUAUCUCUCCUGGUGAUCAUCGUCUCCUGUUAUCUAUGCACCCGCAUAGCCAAGGUUAAACUGUGUGACAAUAAGAUACCUAAUCCAGCAAAAAGUAUCCUGACCUUUCAUUCUCAGAAAUCCCAGUUGUUAUUUUUGCCCAGCACGUUCCAGGAAACCAUCAGCUCACUGGAGAUUGAAGGAGGGGCAAAUGGAAAACCCAUUGUAAAGCCAUGGGUCCAUUUAUUUAAUCUAAACCUCCUGCGUGAGAAAAGCGCUCCAGAUUGCCAUGGUUUUGAUGAACACGACCAGGCCAGCAUCUUCAUACAGCAGGCAGCUAGAGAACAGCAUGAGGCAGUUGAGACCGCUCCGGAAUAUCAAGGCUGUCCCUUUUCCUGUGAUGCCGAUGGCUACUACCCUAGCAGCAUCAACACAUACACCUUAACCCUCAACAGGAGACAGCUGUUGGGCUUUGAAUCUUUAAUGCAGGGUUUCCAAGCGGGUGCUGCGGGCAGCAAUGUGAAAAUAGACACACAAGCCGGCUAUACCAGCGUUGACAAUCACGCACCAAUGGAGAGUAAAAACAGCUCGGUGGACCUUGACAGUGACGAGCAAGGCUCGCCGUCGGCAGGUUUAACCGCUUACGGGCGGAGAGAAAGUCUUGUUAAAGAUUGGUGGGGCUCGGAGGAAUCCUUCAAUUCUUGCGAAUCGGGGUAUAAAAGUACUCCUUAUUCGUGGGUAUCUGUUAAGCAAGAUGCCGCUUCACAGAAAGCAAGCUCUCUGGGUUUGGUUUUAAAUGCAAUCCCUCUUGAGUGUCCACACCUAAACAGAACCAGACCUAAGUCGAACGAUUCUGCGAUAUGCUGUGACCUCAGCUACAGGACCCUUGAGAGUCUGGUAGAUGAACCCGCUCCUGAUCAGAGUGCAGAUAAUGCUACCGUGCAGCAGCUUCCAAACCACAAGUCCCAUUUAACAUCUCCAGUCCCACCUGCCUUUCACACAGCCCCCGUGAAGGACUCUGUGCAGUUAUCCGCCCCGGCUGUCACGAACAUUUAUGAAUACCAGCCGUUCGAGAGCUGCUUGGCCCGUCCUCUCCCAAAUCAAAACUCACGGCUGCCCGCUUCAGUUUCUCGGCUCGGUGACGGUCUGUCGGUAACGUAUUCUGGUCCGUUGAACAAAGAGGCCUGGGAACCAGUUAACGGUAGACUGUCAUCACCAGGAACUGUGGAAGUGAUUGAUGGCUACCAGAGUUACGAUUCCCUUGCAGGAAUCACGCAGAGCGCAUUCAGCAGGGCCCCUGCAGCUGAACACCGGCAGAUUCAGAACUCCACAGAUCAGGGGUCGUCUGCUGACAGUCCUGUUUGUUGCGAUGAAGCCUACAAAUCUGUUCAAAUCCUGCUUGAAAUGACUGUGAGAGAGCUGCCUUUCGUCAAAACAACGGAGCAGGAUGGGAAUGUGGAGGAUCAAGAAGUUGAUAGUUUCCCGAUCCUAGACUUCACAGCAUCGAACUCGUGUGUCUCAGAGUGCCAGACCAUACAAAGUACGGGUGCUAAGGGCGACGCUAUACAAGCGCUUUCAGACUUGGAGCCUGGCAACUCAGAGAUGAUGCCACUCAUUGUGCAUUCCAGUUCUAACAGUUUCUCCGCACACACCCCUGCACAUGACAUUAGCGAAACUGUUUCACAUGCAUCCCAUCUUCCAUGUGCUCAUGAGUAUCACAGUGUAACAAACCCAGCAAAAGAACACUGCAGAGGAACAUGAUGCUUAAAGGUUAACGAGGGCAUUGCUAGGCAAACCUAACAAGAGGUCUUGUGCUGUCAGUCCAUACUGGUAUGGAUCAUGUUAACUGUAAAAGAAUAUUUCUUACUCUGAUUCUGCACCUCCCCACAGUGAUGAAGGAUGUAUGCGAAAUCGCAGUUUGAAUCAAGUUGAAUGAAAGGCAAUCCCUAAACACACUUCACCCAGUGAUUUAAAGCAGAAGCAAGCGGCACUUUGCUGGAGAAACACUCAGCCUGGUUGAGAUUAGAUGGUAAAUAGAUAUGUCUUAAUGCCUUAAAGGAUGCUGUGUGGUCCAGUGGUUGAAGUCCAGGGCUUGAAACCAGGUCACCGGUUCAAAUCCCACCACUGCCACUGACUGACUCACUGUGAACCUGAGAAAGUCACUCCAUCCUGCGCAUGAGAUGUUAAAUCAAUGUCCUAUUUUAAGUAACAGUUCACUGCCAACCUCUGUAAAGCGCUGUUAUGGUGGUACACUAUGAAAGGUGAUAUAUAUAUUAACUGAUAAAGAGUUUUAUAAUUAGAGAGUAAGUAGCUUUUUAUUUAUUUAUUUUUAUUUUUUUACGCUCCCCACUUUUAACGUGUUUGUAAUCAUUCUGGGCUCUGGAAAGGCUGUUCAGUCCCCGGUGCUUCGGAUUCAGAGCUCAAAGAGAGUUCAGCUACAGGUACAAGUAGAUUUAAAGAAUCAUACCUCAAUCUGGGAGCUGCAGAGCCACUCGGAAUGGUUGCAAACAUCGUACAAAUAGCAAGAGAAAUUUAAAAAAAGCAAUUAUAAUGGAAUUUAAAGCGUCUUACUUUUAUUAAAAACGAACGAGCAUGCACAGUUUAAACCACACAGCUCUGUACACAAACCUGGUGGCCAAUAUUGUUGUGAUUUUUUUUACUUGCCAAUGUAUAUUGGUUUUUUUUUCAGAAUAUUUGUAUAUUUAUCUGUGUUUUAUACUCUUUUGGGGGUAAUAUGUGUCUUUAGCCUGCCAGUUUUAAUGGAUAUCUUUAGGACAUUAUUAUGUCAGGUAAAAUAAAGCUAAACUACCAUGCUUGUACAGUACCGUAUCAGUGAUUUGCAGGUUAUGUAUAUAAUCAGUUAUUCCACUGUUAGGUCACAUCGACAGUAAAUUGUCUGUAAUAUUUUUUUUUUUCCUGCACAAGGACUCUUCAAUAUUUCAUGAUUUGUUUCAUGAGUCAGACAGUGAAAGAAAGAGGGAGAGAGACACUGUACUAUCAGAUUCCAUCAAUAAAUAGAAAGCUUGGUGCCAAUCAGGCAUUUCUUUC